GCGGCGGCGGCUCAGACCCCCUCCCCGGCCCCCAUCAGUGCAGCUCUCCGGGCGAUGCCAGAAUAGAUGCCGGGGCAAUGUCCCGCCGCAAACAGGGCAACCCGCAGCACUUGUCCCAGAGGGAGCUCAUCACCCCAGAGGCUGACCACGUGGAGGCCGCCAUCCUCGAGGAAGAUGAGGGUCUGGAGAUAGAGGAGCCGAGCGGCCUGGGGCUGAUGGUGGGUGGCCCCGACCCUGACCUGCUCACCUGUGGCCAGUGUCAGAUGAACUUCCCCCUGGGGGACAUCCUGGUUUUUAUAGAGCACAAGAAGAAGCAGUGUGGCGGUAGCCUGGGUGCCUGCUACGACAAAGGCCUGGACAAGGGCAGCCCGCCGCCCUCGCGCUCCGAGCUCAGGAAGGUGUCGGAGCCGGUUGAGAUCGGGAUCCAGGUCACGCCCGAUGAAGAUGACCACUUGCUCUCGCCCACGAAAGGCAUCUGCCCCAAGCAGGAGAACAUUGCAGGGCCGUGCAGGCCUGCCCAGCUGCCAGCGAUGGCCCCCAUAGCUGCCUCCUCCCACCCUCACACAUCCGUGAUCACUCCACCUCUGCGCGCCCUGGGCGCUCUCCCGCCCUGCUUCCCGCUGCCCUGCUGCAGCGCACGCCCGGUCUCGGGCGACGGGACUCAGGGUGAGGGUCAGACGGAGGCUCCCUUUGGAUGCCAGUGUCAGUUGUCAGGUAAAGAUGAGCCUUCCAGCUACAUUUGCACAACAUGCAAGCAGCCCUUCAACAGCGCGUGGUUCCUGCUGCAGCACGCGCAGAACACGCAUGGCUUCCGGAUCUACCUGGAGCCCGGGCCGGCCAGCAGCUCGCUCACGCCCCGGCUCACCAUCCCGCCGCCGCUGGGGCCCGAGGCUGUGGCACAGUCCCCACUCAUGAAUUUCCUGGGCGACAGCAGCCCCUUCAACCUGCUGCGCAUGACGGGCCCCAUCUUGCGGGACCACCCUGGCUUUGGUGAGGGCCGCCUGCCCGGUACGCCUCCGCUCUUCAGCCCGCCGCCACGCCACCACCUGGACCCGCACCGCCUCAGUGCCGAGGAGAUGGGGCUCGUCGCCCAGCACCCCAGUGCCUUUGACCGAGUCAUGCGCCUGAACCCCAUGGCCAUCGACUCACCUGCCAUGGACUUCUCGCGGCGGCUUCGCGAGCUGGCAGGCAACAGUUCCACGCCGCCACCCGUGUCGCCAGGCCGCGGCAACCCUAUGCACCGGCUCCUGAACCCUUUCCAGCCCAGCCCCAAGUCCCCUUUCCUGAGCACGCCGCCGCUGCCCGCCAUGCCCCCUGGCAGCACCCCACCGCCACAGCCCCCGGCCAAGAGCAAGUCGUGCGAAUUCUGCGGCAAGACCUUCAAGUUCCAGAGCAAUCUCAUCGUGCACCGGCGCAGCCACACGGGCGAGAAGCCCUACAAGUGUCAGCUGUGCGACCACGCGUGCUCGCAGGCGAGCAAGCUCAAGCGCCACAUGAAGACGCACAUGCACAAGGCCGGCUCGCUGGCUGGUCGCUCCGACGACGGACUCUCGGCCGCCAGCUCCCCGGAGCCUGGCACCAGCGAGCUGGCUGGCGAGGGCCUCAAGGCGUCCGACGGCGACUUCCGCCACCACGAGAGCGACCCGUCACUGGGCCACGAGCCCGAGGAGGAGGACGAGGAAGAGGAGGAGGAAGAGGAGGAGCUGCUGCUGGAGAACGAGAGCCGACCCGAGUCGAGCUUCAGCAUGGACUCGGAGCUGAGCCGUAACCGCGAGAACGGUGGCGGUGUGGCCGGGGUGCCGGGCGCGGGGGGCGGCGUGGGCGGCGCGGCCAAGGCUCUGGCCGACGAGAAGGCGCUGGUGCUGGGCAAGGUCAUGGAGAACGUGGGCCUGGGCGCGCUGCCCCAGUACAGCGAGCUGCUGGCCGACAAGCAGAAGCGUGGCGCCUUCCUGAAGCGUACGGCCGCUGGUGACACGGGCGACGAAGACGACGCGGGAGGCUGCGGCGAUGCGGGUGCGGGCGGCGCGGUGAACGGGCGGGGCGGUGGCUUCGCGCCCGGCGCUGAGCCUUUCCCCGGCCUCUUUCCCCGCAAGCCGGCACCGCUGCCCAGCCCCGGGCUCAACAGCGCGGCCAAGCGCAUCAAGGUGGAGAAGGACCUGGAGCUGCCCCCCGCCGCGCUCAUCCCGUCGGAGAACGUGUACUCGCAGUGGCUCGUGGGCUAUGCGGCGUCACGGCACUUCAUGAAGGACCCAUUCCUGGGCUUCACGGACGCGCGCCAGUCGCCCUUCGCCACGUCCUCCGAGCACUCGUCCGAGAACGGCAGCCUGCGCUUCUCCACGCCCCCCGGGGACCUGCUGGACGGCGGCCUGUCGGGCCGCAGUGGCACCGCCAGCGGGGGCAGCACGCCGCAUCUGGGCGGCCCGGGCCCUGGGCGGCCCAGCUCCAAGGAGGGCCGCCGCAGCGACACGUGCGAGUACUGCGGCAAGGUGUUCAAGAACUGCAGCAACCUGACGGUGCACCGGCGGAGCCACACCGGCGAGCGGCCUUACAAGUGCGAGCUGUGCAACUACGCGUGCGCGCAGAGCAGCAAGCUCACGCGCCACAUGAAGACGCACGGGCAGAUCGGCAAGGAGGUGUACCGCUGCGACAUCUGCCAGAUGCCCUUCAGCGUCUACAGCACCCUGGAGAAACACAUGAAAAAGUGGCACGGCGAGCACUUGCUGACUAACGACGUCAAAAUCGAGCAGGCCGAGAGGAGCUAAGCGCUCGGGCUGGGCGCCCCUCACCUGUACAGUGGAACCCUUGCCAACUGCGAGAAUGCCGACCUGACUUGCCUCCGCGUCACCGCCACUUAGCGCCCCGUGUGUCCCCGGGGAGGCGGCACCCCAACCUAACCUGUGUCUGCGAAGUCCUAUGGAAACCCGAGGGUUGAUUAAGGAAGUAAACAAUUGUGGAGCCUUUUAACUGUGCAAUAAUUUCUGUAUUUAUUGGGUUUUGUAAUUUUUUUGGCAUGUGCAGGUACUUUUUAUUAUUAUUCCUUCUGUUUAAAUUCCUUUAAAAGAUUUUGUUGGGUAUUCAUCCCUUCUUCAUUUUUUUAACCCUAUAGUGGUCUGAGCAAUGACUCGUCAGCAAUGUAGAGGGGAAGCAUAUCUUUUAAAUUAUAAUUUUUUUGGGGGGGGGCGCUGCUUUUUUGAAAUUUAAGCUAAGCAUGUGUAAUUUCUUGUGAAGAAGCCAACACUUAAAUGACUUUUAAAGUUGUUUACUUUUUUAUCCCCCCCCCCUCUUUUUUUUGGUCCUGAAAUAAAAAGUGGCAUGCAUUUUUAGGCUUUUUAUUUUAUUUUAUUUUAUUUUUCGGGGGGGAGGGAUGUACAGCGGAUAACAAUCUUUAAAAUUGUAGCACUUUGUUUCAGAAUUGGAAUGGAGAUGGAGCACUGAUGAUGUCCUGAGUCCCAGAGGCCUUUUCUGUGUUGAUGUCAAUUUUCACCUGGUAUAGGGAAAACUUUUAGUGGGGUGGUGGGGGAGACACCCACAAAGUACCACUAGAAAAACUGAUUUCGAGGGCUGCCCUGGGAAGAGGCCCCGAGCAUUCUGAGGUUGUGCAUUACCAGCAGAGAGUACCCUUUUCUUGGAAUGUGGGUGUGCCCUGGGAUGCCAUCUCUGCCCUUUGCUGUAGUUUUGGCUGGAAAAAGUGGGCUGAGGCUAUUUUUUAUGGAGUAGGCAGUGGUGGUCUACAGUGACACAGAAAGGAAGGAACCAGCGGAGUUCUUUCAGGCUUCUUCUGACUUGACGACUUCUCUUUUUCUCACCCCCAUUCUAUAAAUCCCAAGCGCAUGUUGCUACCCGUGAUGACUGAUCAUUUCUCAAGCAGACAGACGCCUUGAUGGUGAAUUGAGGAAGUUAGUGCCCACUUAUUCAGUGCACUCUGAUGACAUUGUAGCGACAGGGGGAACAUCUUACAGAUUUCUGUUCCCUCUCCCUAGAGAAGCAGAGGAAGAGCUCCAUCCGAAGGUGCCCAGCACUACUUCCCAGUUGUUUUUUUCUCGGAUUAGGUUGGAAGGUACUAACAUUGGACUGUUGAUAUUAGACAUUUGAAUUCUGUUGACCCGCACUUUAAAGCUUUUGUUUGCAUUUAAAUUAAAUGGCUUCUAAACAAGAAAUUGCAGCAUAUUUUCUUUGGCCCAGAGGUGGGUUAAACUGUAAGGGACAGCUGAGAUUGAGUGUCGGUGUUGCUAAGCGUGGCAUUCACAAUACUGGCACUAUAAAGAACAAAAUAAAAUAAUAAUUUAUUGGACAGUUUUUCUACUGCCAUUCAAUUUGAUGUGAGUGCCUUGAAAACUGAUCUUCCUAUUUGAGUCUCUUGAGACAAAUGCAAAACUUUUUUUUUUUUUUUUUUAAAUGAAAAGACUUUUUAAAAAAGUAAAACAAGAAAAGUACAUUCUUUAGAAACAAAGCCACAUUUACUUUAAAUUAAAAAUAAAAUCCUGGUUGAAGAUACAGGACAUGAAAAUGCCAUAAGACCCAAUGAAGCGAGAAAAAACCCCAGCACAACCUUGGCCAUCCAUUAGCUCGGUUAUCCUCAGCCCCUUUUGUUCUUGGGACAACGCUGCUUAGUUGUGGAGUAGAGGUGACUUACUGCUGAAUUAAAACUCAAGUGACACAAGUUGAUAUCGUUGAAUGAAAAAACGACAAAACAAUUCAGGAACAAUGGCUAAUUUUUUUCUAAAGUUAAAUUUAGUGCACUCUGUCUUAAAAAUACGUUUACAGUAUUGGAUACAUACAAGGGUAAAAAAAAAAUUGUGUGUAUGUGUGUUGGAGCGAUCAUUUUUUUUUCAGAGUUUGCUUAAUAGGCUAUACAAAAAUGCCACAAUGGCUACGUGUAUAUUGUUUUCUUUUGGUGACGGGGUUUUAGUAUAUAUUAUAUAUAUUAAAAUUUCUUGAUUACUGUAAAAGUGGACCAGUAUUUGUAAUAAUCGAGAAUGCCUGGGCAUUUUACAAAACAAGAAAAAAAAACAAACUUUUUUCUUUUCCUUGAAAAUGUUGCAGUAAAAUUUAAAUGGUGGGUCUAUAAAUUUGUUCUUGUCACAGUAACUGUAAAGUCGGAGUUUUAGUAAAUUUUUUUCUGCCUUGGGUGUUGAAUUUUUAUUUCAAAAAAAAAAUGUAUAGAAACUUGUAUUUGGGGAUUAAAAGGGGAUUGCUACACCAUGUAGAAAAAGUAUGUAGAAAAAAAAAGUGCUUAAUAUUGUCAUUGCUUUGCA